GAAUGCGGAGCCGGGUUCACACACCCGGCGGCGGCGCGGCUUUAAAUAGCCAGGAGGCGGGCGCUGCGCGCGGGCCUGGAGCCGGAGACCCGCCAGGGGGGCGAGAACCGCUGCUGCCCGCCGCUGCUCGCCGCUGCUGGGGCCUCGGCGGCUGCGCCUGGCACCGGGAGGCGCGGGGGCGCACCAUGCCUGCAGACACUCCGGGGAAGUCGAGCGCCUCGCCGCUGGCAGGAGCGCCGGCCAGCACCAGCCAGAUCCCAGACAAGCCCCGGAGUGCGGCUGAGCACCGCAAGUCCUCCAAGCCGGUCAUGGAGAAGCGGCGCCGAGCGCGCAUUAAUGAGAGCCUCGCUCAGCUCAAGACCCUCAUUCUGGACGCCCUCAGAAAAGAAAGCUCCCGCCAUUCGAAGCUGGAGAAGGCGGACAUCCUGGAGAUGACAGUGAGACAUUUGCAGAACCUGCGUCGCGUGCACGUGACAGCCGCGCUCAGCGCCGACCCCGCGGUCCUGGGCAAGUACCGCGCCGGCUUCAACGAGUGUCUGGCCGAGGUGAGCCGCUUCCUGGCCGGCUGCGAGGGCGUCCCGGCCGACGUGCGCUCUCGCCUGCUUGGCCACCUGGCGGCCUGCCUGCGCCAGCUGGGGCCCUCCCGCCGCCCGGCCUCUCUGCCCCCCGCGGCCCCCGCCGUGGAGGCUGGGGCGCCCGAGGUCUACGCAGGCCGCGCGCUGCUGCCCGCGCUGGACUGCCCCUUCCCCCUGCUGCGCCCCGGGGCCGCUUUCGCGCCGCAGCUCCCGCCAGGUCUGACCCGGGCGCUCCCCGCCGACCCCAGGGCGGGGCCGCAGGGCCAGGGCGGGCCCUGGAGACCGUGGCUGAGGUGAGGCUGCGGCCUUCAGACUGCAGCGGAGGCCGCGCCCAGUUCUAGGCCCCGGCCUUUGCCGAGACUGUGCCAGAGAACACUCUUUCUAGAGGCUGUGUCAAGAGUUUGUGUUUUUUUCUGUCUCUGUGAAGCUAUGAUUUGGUAGCUGGCAGCCCAGGCCCACUGCGGUCCUGCCGCCCUGGGUCCACCAGCUCUGGGCUGCCCACCCCUCCACCUGGCCGUCAGAGGCCCCGGUCUGCCCUGGGCUGCACAGGAGCCAGCAACGUGCCUGGAGCUGGGGGUGUGAGGGGUCCCCCAGGAGGCUCAGACACCAGGUUUUCCGGAAUGUAUCCCAGCAUUGGAAGGCAGGCGCACAGCAUCACUGGCAAGGGGCCUGGAUUCGCUCUAGGGAGUCAGGGUCUUGCUGUAUAAGCUCCCCUCCCUGGAAAGGGAGGUUCCUCCCAGGGGGUAUAGACUAAGGGUUCCUCCCUCACACAAAUCCUGAGCACCUGCUGUUGGGCGUGAUGGAGGAUACCAGGCAGCGCUGGACGUGCACCCUGAGCAACCUCUGUAGUCGCUAUCCUGCUGUCCUAGCCCCUGGAGGCGCUGGGGGGCUGCGCUCCAGGUCCCAUGAGGGGCUGGUCCAAGGCACAGGAGCCCAGACUGGAGCGUCUCAUCCUGAGCCCCCGCUCGAGGCAGCACCAAGAUCCACUUGCCAACUUCGGCUGAUUUCAUCGGACAUUUGCCCACAGCCUGCCUGGCUGGGGUCCAUGGGGAGGCCAGUGAGUCAUCCGUCCACAGGCUGGUCCAUCCCCUCCUCCAAGGCUCCCGGACACACCUGAGUGUCAUUCACCUGAGUGUGGUUCACCUGGGCCUCCCAGACACAACCGUGCAUACCUGGCAGGAACCUCCAAGUCCCCACCAAGCCAGUCACCCCCAGCUCUGCCUUGCACACCUCCUGGGCAUCCAAGGGCUGGUUCAGUGAGCCUAGAUGGGUGGGGGGAGCCACGUGGGCCAAACCCUGCACCCUUGGAUAUAUGCUCAUUGGCCCUGGGCCCAGGGGAGCCUCAGAGUAGCCCUUCCCCCUUCGGAGUUGGGGCACCGCCUCCUGCUCCGUGAGGCGGAAGGGUGUUGAUGUUGUUCAGGCUGGGUCAGGCUGUGGCCUCCUCGGCAGGGGGGCUGGAGAGGGUCUCCAUGGGGGCAAUGGGAAGCUCAACCUGGUGGAGGGAGCUGCCCAGGGAAGGCCUCAGUGCAGAAGGCGGGAGGGGGGCCUGGGUGCUUUGGGAAGUGAAGCUGGGUGUGUGGGUAGAGCUGGCCCCACAUGUCCUACAGGGAGAGGAGGGACCCCCACCUGUAUGGCCCAGGGGAGGUAGAUCAUCCUAUUCCUCCUCCCCCACAAGAGGGCAGCCACCUCCGAUGACCAUGCCCCAGAGACCUUAAUCUCCGCCCCCCCCCAUUGCUAAAAGGGAUCUUUGCAGCCAGGGCCCCGCUUAGCUCUCCUUUGGGGACCUCUCAGGCUCUGGGACCACACCCAUCAGACAAGCUGCGCAGGCUAUCCCUUGUUCUCAGCCUACCCCCUGCAAUUCUCUAUUUUCCACACAACUCUGGGAUCAUCCAACCCCACUGCAGGCUGGUGUUGUGUUGUCUGGACCAGCCAGAUGGGCCACACCUGUGUCCCUCGUCUCUGGCCUCAGCACCUGCCUGAAACAGCGAAUCUCAAUCCGUACUGAUCUAAUGGGUUAGAAUUAGGGAGGCCGCAGGAAGCAUAGCCUAGGCUGAGGCUGGGCCUCCAGAGCGUGGGCCUGGGCUGGGAGGGCAGCUGGGUCUCAGGAACAGCUGAGCCCCCCACAAGCCUCCCCCACACCCAGCCAGGAUGCCUGCUGGAACCUGCUUCCUGGGGCCCCAAGUGUGGGGUGCUCCCUUCUCACAGCAGGGUGCUAGGGUCCUAACCCUAACCUCCCACAGAAUUCCUGCCCUGACCCUGGCCUCAGUUGGAAGUCCCUAGGGAGAUGGGCUCUGGGACAGUCCCCUGUCCCUCCCCCAGCCCCCAGCUGUUUUUAUAUUGGCUUUUGUCUUGCAGAGGUUGCCUGCUGAAUAGUGGGUGGUACCCCUUCCUCUGGAGGAGUGGGUGUGGCUGGCAAAUGCCAAUCACUCUCCCCAGUUCAUCUGCCACUGCCUCCUUCCAGCCCAGUGCUUGGCCUCCACCAAG